CUUUGUCACAGGACGGCCCCUAAAAUGGUUCAAUGAAUAGGGAGAAAACAAGAGGCUGUUUGCUGGGUGUAAGAGAGCGAGGAGAGGAAGGAGAGGAGCUCUUGUAGAGGGUUAGAGGGCUGAGUGGAGGGGUAACAAGUUUAACAAAAAAAGUAUUUCUAAUUUAUUAAAGUAUUUAAUUAUCUUUGGAAAAAUUUGAGUACUGGAAGACAGUGUUGUCUUUGAUAAAAGUAAAAAACUAAAACAAAAUUAGUGGAAAGUGAAUCCUGCUUGCAGCCUAAAAACAAGAAGUAACCCUCCAGCACUGAAUCUACUCCUCUGUGCUGUUUGUCUCUGUUAGAGCAUCACAUUCUCGUGCGUCCUCUCAACAGGAGUUUAUUUUUCUUGCUGCGGUUAAGACUGGAGUUGCUGUGAUUUUUCAUCAUGAGGACUGUGUUUGUAUCUGCACUCCUGCUGCAGCUCCUCGGGACGUCUUUCUGUCAGUUUCCUCGCCCGUGUGCCAACUCAGAGGGACUACGGACCAAAGAGUGCUGCCCGGUGUGGGACGGUGAUGGCUCAGCCUGUGGCGCCCUGUCAGGCCGUGGUUUCUGCAACGAGGUGCUGGUCUCAGAUGAGCCCCACGGGCCCCAGUACCCACACCGUGGGAUUGACGACAGAGAACGUUGGCCUUUAGCCUUCUUUAACCGGACGUGUCACUGUGCUGGAAACUAUGGAGGCUUUAACUGUGGAGAAUGCAGGUUUGGUUACUGGGGUUCGAACUGUGCAGAGUACAGGGAAUCGGUGCGCCGGAACAUCCUGACCAUGUCAACUGCUGAGCAACAGAAGUUUGUCUCUUACCUGAACCUGGCUAAAAACACCAUCAGCCGAGACUAUGUCAUAUCCACAGCGACAAGAGCAGAGAUGGGCGAGAACGGGGAGAACCCCAUGUUCUCUGAAAUCAACACCUAUGACCUGUUUGUGUGGAUGCACUACUACGUGUCCCGGGACGCCUUCCUGGGAGGGCCGGGGAACGUAUGGAGAGACAUCGACUUUGCCCACGAAUCUGCUGCCUUCCUGCCGUGGCACCGAGUCUUCCUGCUUCACUGGGAGAAUGAGAUCAGGAAGCUGACAGGAGAUUUUAACUUCACCCUCCCGUACUGGGACUGGAGGGACGCCCAGUCCUGUGAGGUUUGCACCGAUGCUCUGAUGGGUGGACGCAGCCCCCUCAAUCCCAACAUCCUCAGCCCCGGCUCUGUCUUCUCCUCAUGGAAGGUGAUCUGCACCGAGCCAGAGGAGUACAACAAUCGAGAAGCAUUGUGUAACGGCACCGGGGAGGGCCCACUGUUGCGUAACCCCGGCAACCAUGAUACGAACCGCGUGCCUCGACUCCCCUCGAGAGCUGACGUUGAUUUCACUGUGGGCCUCCCUGAGUACGAGACGGGGCCCAUGGACCGAUUCUCCAACUUGAGCUUUAGAAACGUCCUGGAGGGGUUUGCCAGUCCAGUGACCGGCAUGGCGGUGCAGGGCCAGAGCACCAUGCACAACGCCCUGCACGUCUUCAUGAACGGCUCCAUGUCCUCGGUGCAGGGUUCAGCCAACGACCCGAUAUUCUUGCUGCACCACGCUUUCAUUGAUAGUAUCUUUGAACGCUGGCUCAGGACCCACAUGCCUCUCCGGGCCAGUUACCCCCUCGCCAACGCCCCCAUUGGCCACAAUGAUGGCUACUACAUGGUGCCCUUCCUGCCUCUCUUUAGAAACGGAGAGUACUUCUUGUCCAACAAGGCUCUGGGAUUCGAGUACGCCUAUUUGCUGGACCCUGGACAGAGGUUUGUGCAGGAGUUCCUGACGCCCUACCUCGAGCAGGCCCAGCAGAUCUGGCAGUGGCUCCUGGGGGCCGGGAUCCUCGGGGCUCUCAUCAGCGCGGUCCUCGCUGCAGUGAUUGUUGUCGCAAGGAGGAAGUGGAAGCGUAACCAGAGGAGGAAGAGGGUGUCAAUCUACGGAGAGAGACAGCCGCUACUGCAGAGCAGCUCAGAGGAAGGCUCGGCCUCAUAUCAGACUACUCUGUAACACACACACCUUAACAUACUGUUACGUGAAUGUACAAACUAUUAGGGACACAAGAUGCCAUGAAUCAAAUGAAUAAGAUGAAUCUUAGGAUCUACAAGGAUCAAUUUAUUUUUUAAUUCCUGAGAAUAAAUGAAUUUAGAUUUUCUAAUAUAGGUACAGAUGAGAUGGAGAAGACUCUUUAAAGUCAGUUCACCAAAAUCUCAAAAAGUACAUAUUUCUCCCUCAUAGUAUUUGGCAGACAGCUUUGUGUGUGUGUGUGUGUGUGUGUGUGUGUGUGUGUGUGUGUGUGUGUGUGUGUGUGUGUGUGUGUGUGUGUGUGUGUGUUCUUGAGAUACCCACUAAUAUAUCUGCUCAUCUGCUUUUGCACAAUGGGGGUGAAGUGAAUGUAAUUCGUGAAGGUCACAGCACACGUUAGGAAAACAAUUUAUUUUCCAAGGUUUCUUUUAAUUUCUUUAUGCAAAAGAGACAGAAGAGAACAGAAGAGAACAGAAGAGAACAGAAGAGAUUUGGGUGAACUGACCCGUUUGAGACAAGGAGCAAAAUCCUUCAGAUGUCCCUGAUAUUUUACACAUUCAGUACAUAUCAUGUAAGAAACAUCUCUGUGUGACACAAACUUACAAAGUCACAGACCUUCCGAGCCAUCAAGUGAUCAUUACCACAAUGCAACACCUCAGUACACUGCACUGUGUGGGUGAAACACCUCGAGGGAUAUUUAUUGCCUGUUUACAGAGGCCACUCUGCAGCCGAUGACAGCAGCUGAAGUUCGAUCAGAAAAAAAAAAUGAAGUGAUCUUAUUCUGUCCUUGGCAACUUGACUUCCCUCAUUGACCUGACCAGAGACACAUUUCAUGUAAUUUAUUGUAUGUUACUGUAAAUCAUUGAGAUUCAGUUGACAGUAAAGCUGAACUGAUAAAUAUGCACUUAAAGCCAGGUCAUGUCUGCUGAAAGCAGUUGUUGAAGGCACAUUAUUUAUUGCUUCAUCCAGAUUAAGUCCCGGUCACAUGUACAAGAGUGUUUCAGUAAUGAACCUUAAUCUCCUGUUCACUUAGGGGGUGAAUAAAACGUUUGACCCAUGAUAUUCGCUUUACAUUCAUGUAUCUGUGACCAAGCCUGAAAUCUGAGUCCGCAAAAAAAACUGUCACAAAUGAGGCUUCCUCUUUCUAAAGAAAAAUACAUUGUUUUAAAGUGAAUAGAGGAAUUGUGAAUCAAACAAUGAAAGCACUUCUGUUUAUCUCUCUGGUUAGAAAUGUAUUGGUCAGAUAUGCCAAGUACAUCCAUCCGUACAGAUUUCCAUACUUUGAAUCAGUUUAUGUCUUUCAGUGCAAAUUCAAACAAAAAAAAACUGACCAAACCAACAACACCACACCCUCGUAUGUUAGCACUGGUGCUAAAGGAGCGCAGCAGACUCACAAUAUGUAUCAUGAUAAUGAAGAUGAAUCAUGAUUUUGUACGUGCUGCAUUAAAAUCAGACUUGAUCCAA